GGAGGCAGAAAGGCAACCACAGCGAGGAAGGAGAAGUCAAGACGUCUGGAAAGAAUUAGCCCAGUCCUGGCUUCAAGCAGUCCAUUGAGCCAGGGACUUGAACCAGCCCUAGCCAAAGACUUUUCUCUUGAUUCUGUGCUCCCUGGGUUCUGCUGCGUUUUGCACCGGCGCCUUUUUAUUUUCUGGACACACAAAAAAUAAAAAAAUAAAAAGGGAGAGACAGACAGAGAGAGAAAGUAGGGGAGAGAGAGAAUUUUCCUUUUGAGGGGAGGGAAACUGGAACAACAACAGAAAAGUUAAUUUAUUUUUAAAGCACAGCUAAUUUUUUUUUUAAACAAGGAAUUGCCAGACUGGAGUUCAACAGGAAUGAUUAAGAGACUAUUAGUGAUAUAUUUUUUUCUUUAAAAAGUGGGGGAGCACCCAAUAUUGAAAACUCCCCCCACCCCAUCUUUUUUUAAAUGUUGUUUUUAAAUUUCUUGUUUUUCUUGGCUGGUCGUCUCAAAUUCAUCUGAUCUCUUAUUACCUCAAUUUUGGAAACUGCCUUCCAUCGACCCUCCGGGACCACACAACCAGCCUGCGGACGACUUUAUGACCAAGAGCCAAGCAAGAUGCAUUGUGAGAGGUUUCUAUGCAUCCUGAGAAUAAUUGGAACCACACUUUUCGGAGUCUCUCUUCUCCUUGGAAUCACAGCUGCUUAUAUUGUUGGCUACCAGUUUAUCCAAACAGAUAACUAUUACUUCUCUUUUGGACUGUACGGUGCCUUUUUGGCCUCCCACCUCAUCAUCCAAAGCCUGUUUGCCUUUUUGGAACACCGAAAAAUGAAAAAAUCCCUGGAAACUCCCAUUAAGUUAAACAAAACGGUUGCUCUCUGCAUUGCUGCCUAUCAAGAAGACCCAGACUACUUAAGGAAAUGUUUGCAAUCUGUGAAAAGGCUCACCUACCCUGGGAUUAAAGUGGUCAUGGUCAUCGAUGGGAACUCUGAUGAUGACCUUUACAUGAUGGACAUCUUCAGUGAAGUCAUGGGCAGGGACAAAUCUGCCACUUAUAUCUGGAAGAACAACUUCCAUGAGAAGGGUCCUGGUGAGACGGAUGAGUCCCACAAAGAGAGCUCGCAACAUGUAACCCAACUGGUGUUGUCCAACAAGAGUAUCUGCAUCAUGCAAAAAUGGGGAGGAAAAAGAGAAGUCAUGUACACAGCCUUCAGAGCACUGGGACGAAGUGUGGAUUAUGUACAGGUGUGUGACUCAGAUACCAUGCUUGACCCUGCCUCAUCUGUGGAGAUGGUAAAAGUUUUAGAAGAAGACCCGAUGGUCGGGGGAGUUGGAGGAGAUGUCCAGAUUCUAAACAAGUAUGAUUCCUGGAUCUCCUUCCUUAGCAGCGUGAGAUACUGGAUGGCUUUUAAUAUAGAAAGAGCCUGCCAGUCUUAUUUCGGGUGUGUCCAGUGCAUUAGUGGACCUCUGGGAAUGUACAGAAACUCCUUGUUGCAUGAGUUUGUAGAAGACUGGUACAAUCAGGAAUUUAUGGGCAACCAAUGUAGCUUUGGCGAUGACAGGCAUCUAACAAACAGGGUGCUAAGUCUGGGCUAUGCCACAAAGUACACAGCUCGGUCCAAGUGCCUUACGGAAACACCGAUAGAAUAUCUCAGAUGGUUAAACCAGCAGACCCGCUGGAGCAAGUCCUACUUCCGAGAGUGGCUGUACAAUGCAAUGUGGUUUCACAAACAUCACUUGUGGAUGACCUACGAAGCGGUUAUCACUGGAUUCUUUCCUUUCUUUCUCAUUGCCACAGUCAUUCAGCUUUUCUACCGGGGUAAAAUUUGGAACAUCCUUCUCUUCCUAUUAACGGUCCAGCUAGUGGGUCUCAUAAAGUCAUCUUUUGCCAGCUGCCUUAGAGGAAACAUCGUCAUGGUGUUCAUGUCUCUCUACUCAGUGUUAUACAUGUCAAGUUUACUUCCUGCCAAGAUGUUUGCGAUCGCGACCAUAAACAAAGCUGGGUGGGGCACAUCUGGAAGGAAAACAAUUGUUGUUAACUUCAUAGGACUCAUUCCAGUCUCGGUAUGGUUUACAAUCCUCCUAGGUGGUGUGAUCUUCACCAUUUACAAGGAAUCGAAGAAGCCAUUCUCAGAAUCCAAGCAGACAGUGCUGAUUGUUGGAACCUUGCUCUAUGCAUGCUACUGGGUCAUGCUUUUGACUCUCUAUGUGGUUCUCAUUAAUAAGUGUGGCAGGAGGAAGAAGGAACAACAAUAUGACAUGGUGCUCGAUGUAUGAUCUUACAUUGGUGGUUGUUUCCAGCCACCCACCCACCCACCCACCCCCACACGCACACACACCACUGCCUUAGGGAUGUGUACACCUAGGGGCCGAAUAGCAUUGUGGCAUCAGAUCAAGCCACCAAAGGAGACACAUCACUGCUGCUGGGACUUGAACAAAGACGUUUUAUUGGGUUUUAAUUCUGCCAAAGUAAUAUGAUGCAUCAAUAAGAAGAAACUCAGAUGUAACCUGUCAUUUCUAUGAAAAUGAGAUACCUUCUUUGUUUAAUGCACUUUUUUUCCCCUUACUGUGCAUCUGCCUGACAGUGUUUGCCCUAAAUACCUCACUAGCUUUACGUGGGUCAUCAUGGAAGAAAAGGAGUUUGGAAACUCAAGGAAAAAGUUCUUUCAACCUACACAAACCUAACUUAUGGACUGUUUUUGUUAGCUACUCGUUUUUUAGGAAGGAUUUUUCUGUUUCACUCUACCAAAUGGAAUGCCAAAGGAAAUCUUCAAGGCCAUUGGCUGUGUUGUAUUUUGAUAUAAUUGUACUGUGUUUUUAAAUUUUGUAUGCCAAUUUUUAAGACAAAUUUUUACAUACUCUAUAUUUUACUUCUCUGCCAAAAUACACUUGUGUUUCUUCUUCUUCUUUUUAUAAUAAAUAGAUUCUGAAAAAAGUUCAUACUUAAAAAAAAAAAAAACAAACCUGCCCAAAAUGUGAAGCUUGGUUAACUGAUGUUCAUGAUAGAAAGAAUAAAAAGUAUCUCUCUUUACAAUUGAAUAGUUUAUUUCUGUGAAAACAUAUUUAACAUAUUUUAGCCUUCUGUUUUCAUUUCUCUUCGAAAAGGCCAAUAAACCUGUCAUACUUUGGGAGUAAACAUACAUGUUUAUGUAUGUACAAAAAGAAAUUAGGAAAAAUCAAGGCCAAAGGGGUAGAAAAGUGCAAUUUCCCCCCCAUAAGAUUAGAAAAGAAAAGGGAAUGCUAUGCCUUGAAAUACAUCCAGUACAGGACAAACAUGAGUGUUAAAGAUGAAUGACCUCAGAGAUUCUGGAAAUCUUUUUGUUCAGGUCAAAUAAUAAAAGGAAUGUGGAAAUUACCUAUUUAAUUUGGAUAAAUUCAAUGCAGUUCAUCAAAGGUUUUGUUCUGUGGCCUGAAUUCACUGGAUCCAUGUAUAUAUAUAUGUGUGUAUGUGUAUGUGUGUGUGUGUGUGUGUGACAAGGUUCACUUACUUUUUUUUAAUCUUGCCAGUUCACAUUGCAUGUUAGUUGAUGUUUACAUGGGUGAAGUGAAUAAAUUAUAAUAAACAAAAUAAUAUUGAUUCACACUUGGAAAAAAUUAAGCUUUGAUUGUUCUGUUUUACUUUCCCAGAAGGGUAUUUUUCUGAAGUAGUAUACACAUACUAUCUUCCUCUCUCUUGCUUCUGGUUCUCAUAAGUAUGCCUACACAAUAGAAUGGUAUCAAAAACUGGUACAUAUAGUAAAAAAAGGGACGAACCAGGUACUCUGAACUUGCUUAGCUUAGUUUCUACAGAGCCUCCAUGAUUCAAUGAGAUUUUUUACAUGAUUGGCCUUACCUUGUAGCUGGUGCUACUUAGACCUGUGUUAAAUAUACCAUUGAAACGCAUGAAUCUUUGAAUAAUAGCUUUUUCUAAGCUUCUCUGGUACAGCAGAGACACAAAGUGUUAAACAACAUGCUUUCUGCCUGCCUGCUUCCUUUUGAUGCAAACAGCCAUGUUCCAUCUAUCCUACAAAAGAAGCUGCACAUUCUACCUUCUGAGUACAAAGGACAAGGUACAUUGAAUUCUAAAACUCAGGUUCUCACUCACUGAGAAGUUCCUGGGAAUCAAACAUACCAUGCCAAUAAGUGAGACUAAAACUUGACUUUGCCUUUUUUAACUAUUUAUGUUCUAAGUUAAGCUUUGAUAACAUUCAAAUGUAAAAUUCUCUCAUUCUUAUAAAAAGUUGAAUUAAUUGCCUGUAUUUAUUUUAGCAAUUAUUCAAUGUAUUUCCAGUAUAGGAUGUAUAGUAUAAUUGAUUUCUUUUGUAAAUAAAAUAUUUUUGAUAAGAUCAUUGCCUUCUUUUCUAAGGGAAGGGGGAGCAAUUGUUUUCUUGAUUGUAGUGGUAUGAAUUUAAGAAUGGAGUACUUGGAAAAACAAAAUCAUGGUUGCUCAAAGAUAGGAUGCAAUUUAAUUCUGUCAUUUAUGGGUGGUAGCAGAUAUCUAGUUAUAAUUAUUUACUGACUGCCAAUUAUGGGAACAAUCUAGAAAGACAGAGACUGAAACUAAAAGACUUCCAACUAGCAUUGCUUCUGGCCUUUUUUUCUGAUCAUCUCAAAAGCUGCCUAAAUUUUGCCAGGACCUAAAUUUAUAGGACCAGGAAAAAAAUCACAGAUAUGAAGAAAUUUAAACAAGUUUGUUAUGGCAUUGUUUACACAUAUGAACAAAGCCAUAAAAUUACCAACUUGAGUCAUGGGAGCUGUGAGAGUGGCAUAGCCAAACAUUGAAGGAUUGUUAGACAUUAAAAAAGGGGUUGCGGGGAUGAUGUAAGCAUGUUGGAAAAGUAGCACAGUUAAAGAUAUGUAACCAUUUUGUACGGUAACAUCAAUUUUGUAAAGACAAAAAAAAAUGUUUCAAUAUGGUGAAUUCUAGUCCAGGGAAUCUGACGGACUUAUGUUCUGUAUACAUUUUUGUAUUCUCCAAAUUCCAUAAACAUGUAUUGCUUUUAUAAUCAGAAAGAAAAAGAUAAUAAAUAUUGCUUUUGUAAAGUA